AUGGGAUCGUUAUUGUUCUUCACUCUAGCAAUGGCAAUUGCAAUCGCUUCUUCUCCUUUGUCACUAGCUUCUAGAUCCGUGAUGGAUACGUACACUGUCCGUUCUUCACCACCAUCUUAUAAACGCCCUAAUCAACCACCACCAUGCGAACCUUAUUCAGUAUCGCCAUCACCAUCACCAACACCAGCAAACAAGCCGCCACCACCACCAUCACCUGACAAGCAAACUCCCCCAGCACCAACACCACUAAACAAGCCACCACCACCACCAUCACCUAACAAGCAAACUCCCCCAACACCAACCCCAAAAAACAAGCCGCCACCACCAUCUCCUUGUAAGCAAACUCCACCAGCACCGACACCAAUCAACACACCACCCCCAUCUAUUCCUCCACCACCAACCCCAUCAUCGUCACCAUCACCACUCCGCCCUCCCUAUAACCAAGCACCAACCCCGAUAAAUGCACCACCUCCAUCUAUUACUCCAUCACCAACCCCGAGCCCAUCACCUGCACCUUCUUAUACGCCGCCACCAACCCCACUUAACACACCACCACCACCACCACCACAUAAUAUUUCACCACCAACCUCUCAACCACCACCAUGUGAUGAUCAACCAAGUACUUCUUAUGGUCAAACUCCUCCAGUAACAACGCAAAAUCAGCAGCCACCACCGUCAUCAUAG